GACUUCCCUGAGGAGCAAGGGAGGGUGUUGUGGAAUUUUUGAAGUCUACUUAGAUCUGAUCAGCAAUAAAACACCCAAUCCUCCUUUUCUUUCCAGACAUGGAGGAGUUGGCUAGAGAGAGCAUCAGCUUGCUAGCCAAGCCUUCUCUGGAGUCUGAUAUCCCCCACCUUUCUUCAUCUGGAGCCAUCUUCAUCUUGCUAAAAUCUGCCCUUGGAGCAGGACUCCUGAAUUUCCCCUGGGCCUUCAAUAAAGCAGGUGGAAUAGCCCCAGCAGUCUUUGUGGAGCUGGGCUCUUUGAUAUUCCUCAUUAGCGGCUUAGUAAUCCUGGGUUAUGCUGCUUCCAUCAGCACUCAGACAACAUACCAGGGUGUGGUGAGAGAGAUCUGCGGGUCAGCUGUGGGCAAGCUCUGUGAAGUCUGCUUCAUCUUGAACCUCUUCAUGAUCUCCGUGGCCUUCCUCAGAGUUAUGGGAGAUCAGCUAGAAAAAUUAUGUGACUCUUUCUCCCCGAACGAAACCUUGAAUGGAGACACUUUUCGCCAGCCCUGGUUCAUGGAUCAACGCUUCACCUUGUCUGCCUUGUGCCUCCUGGUCAUUUUCCCUCUCUCUGUCCCAAGAGAAAUUGGGUUCCAAAAAUACACAAGCAUACUUGGCACUUUAGCUGCUUGCUACCUGGUGCUCGUCAUUGUGCUAAAAUACUACCUCCAGACAGGUCAUGUUGCUCAGCAGGAGCAUCACCAUUUUCCUAGUACUUGGGCCUCCAUGUUCAGCGUUGUCCCAACCAUCUGUUUUGGAUUUCAGUGCCAUGAAGCCUGCGUGGCCAUCUACUGCAGCCUGAGCGAUAAGCGGCUGUCGCACUGGGUGGUUGUGUCCGUGAUGUCCAUGCUGUUCUGCUUGCUGGUAUACUCCCUGACAGGUUUGUACGGCUACUUGACAUUUGGAGCUGACGUUGCUGCUGACAUCCUAAUGUCCUACCCUGGAAAUGAUGUGAUGGUGAUCAUCGCUCGGCUGUUAUUUGGCAUCUCCAUUAUCACCAUCUACCCCAUUGUCCUUUUCCUAGGAAGGUCAGUCCUCCAAGAUGUGUGCCUAAGCUCCAAACAGAGCUGCAUCUCGAAGGUAGAGCCCAGCGAGAAAUGGAUCCGAGUUUUGCUGACAACAGCCUGGGUCGUGGUCACCCUAAUCAUUGCUCUGUGUGUCCCUGACAUCAGUGAGGUGGUCAGUGUCAUUGGGGGCAUCGGGGCUUUCUUCAUCUUCAUUUUUCCAGGGCUAUGUUUGGUGUGUGCAAUGGAGACAGAAGCCUUCCAGCCAAGAACCAAGUCCUGUCUAACCACCUGGGGAAUCAUCACUGUCCUUUGUGGAGCUUUCAUCUUUGGGCAAAGCACAGCAUCUGCCAUCAUGGUCCUGCUACACAAACUCUAAGCCAAAGUCAUCAGCAAACACGAUGUUGCGUCCCAGAGACCACCUUCUUCACGGCUGGACUAUUGUGACAUGACGCUGAGUGUCACUGAUAGAUGCAGUAAAAUCUCAGUUUACCAGACUUAGUUUUAGCAGAUUUUGGAAGCAACGGAUGGAAUUUCAGCACCGGCAUUUAACAGAUGAAGUCCACCGUAUUGGGAAUAAUCCAGACAAUUUAUGCUAUUUCCUUUGCCUCACGAUGCGGAGAUUCACACGGUGAAGUUCACAUAAUUUGCAUCAUUAUAUACAAUGGUGCCAAUGGUGCCAGUUAUAUCAUUUGUCUCAUAAUGGAAAAGACCUGUUUUCUAAUUUCGGAGUAAUGUUCAAGGGUAACAGAGACCCCCUUCCCUAAGUGGCCCAUUAAACUGAGAUUUUACUGUAUUGAACAGCUGGGUAUAAUUUAACUCAUACCCACAUUU